AUGAAUCGGGAAGACGAAGUACUUGCAGUAGCUGCCGUUUUAAUAAUCAAGAAGUUGAGAGAGCCAAAAAAGCGGAGACCAAAUAAAUCUUGGAUUGAAAAGAAAGCAACUUACUCUCAUAUUAAUUUAAUUCGAGAAUUAGUUAAUCAGCCAGACGAUUUUCGUAGUUACCUGCGCAUGGACGAGACGACUUAUCGAAAUUUAUUACAUUUAGUUACACCAAUAAUACAAAAAACUGAUACUGUUAUGAAAAGUUCUAUCACGCCACAUGAAAGAUUAACGGCAACUUUAAGAUUUUUGGCAACUGGUAGAACCUAUGAGGAUCUCAAGUUUUCUACGUGUAUUUCUAAAUCCGCCCUCAGCAAGAUAAUUCCUGAGACGUGCGAUGCCAUUUACACAGUAUUAAAACAAGAAUAUUUAAAGUUUCCUAAAACUACAGCCGAAUGGAAGAAUAUUGCGUUGGACUUUCAAGAGAAAUGGAAUUUUCCACAUUGUUUAGGUGCUGUAGACGGAAAGCACGUACAAAUUAGAACGCCUCCUGGAAAAGUAGUUGUACCAGGUCAACCUCAUUUAAAUUAUGUUUUUGUGGGAGACGAAGCUUUUGCAAUGAGACCCGACUUUUUGAAGCCAUAUAAUCAAAGAGAGCUUAACAAUGAAAAAAGAAUAUUCAACUACCGUUUAUCUAGAGCUAGACGCAUUAUAGAAAACACCUUUGGAAUUUUGGCUAACCGUUUUAGAAUAUUCCAUACAUCCAUUAAUUUGAAACUGGAUAAUAUCGACAAAGUUGUUCUGGCAUGUUGUGCUCUUCACAAUUUUUUAAGGAGAAAUUCGGCUAACUCAUAUACACCUAAUGACGUAUUUGACUUUGAAGAUAUUUCAACUGGUACCACUACCCCUGGACUGUGGACACAACCUGAGAAUUUAUUAAAUCCCGCGAGCAGUCACAGUCGCCAUCACAGUGCCGAAGCAAAAGAUGUGAGGACAAGUUUUAAAAACUAUUUUAAUAGUAGUUAA